AUGGGCGACCUCGUUCCCAGUCUGGAAUUGCCUCCAGAGGCCGCUAAAAGCCACGCCAUGGAUAAAAUCACAGACAAGAUCGCGGCCUUGCCCGCCGGGCAGGACUACUUCUCGCUCGAAUUCUUCCCGCCCAAGACCGCCAUGGGCUUCUCCAACCUUCGCAGCCGUCUCGACCGCAUGGCCAGGGCUCUGCGGCCGUUAUUUGUCAAUGUUACAUGGGGAGCAGGAGGGUCGACAGCAACCAAGUCGCUCGAGCUGGCUGAGAUUUGCCAGCGGGAGCUGGGCCUCACAACAUGCCUGCACCUCACCUGCACCAACAUGAGCCGUCGCUUGAUCGACAAGGCUCUUGACGAUGCAAAGGCGCUCGGCAUCCGCAACAUCCUUGCCCUAAGGGGAGACCCCCCACGAAGGGCCGAGUACCGCGACGCCAAUGAACCCGAACCCGAGGAAGAGGAGGAAUUUUCUUGGGCUGUCGACCUUGUCCGCUACAUUCGCAAGACACAUGGUGACUACUUCUGCAUCGGCGUUGCGGCAUACCCGGAGGGCCACGCCGAUGAGAGCCACCCGCUGGGACAGAGUUUGGAGCAUGACCUGCCAUAUCUAGUUGAAAAGACACAGGCGGGCGCCGACUUCAUCAUGACCCAGCUAUUCUUCGAUGUCGAGGCGUACAACCACUUCGAAAAGACAUUGAGGGAGCAUCCUAGUGGGGCCUUCAAGAAUAUCACCAUCCUUCCUGGUCUCAUGCCGAUUCAGAGCUACCAAAUGAUCAAGCGGACAACAAAGCUCAGCCACGCCAACAUCCCCGACUCUCUCAUGGCUCGGUUAGACGCGGUCAAGGGCGACGAUGAGAAGGUGAAGGAGGUAGGCGUAGAUAUUCUCAGCGAGAUCGUCGAGCAGAUCAAGGAGGUCAAGAGCAGGACCGACGAGCCGAGAGGCUUCCACUUCUACACGCUGAACCUAGAAAAAGCCGUGUCAUUCAUCGUCGAACGAACCGGGCUGAUCUCCCCCAUCACCCCCGAAGAGGAAAGCGCCGUCAUCGACCAGGGCCCGCUCCCGGAUAUCCGCCUCCUACGCAUCAACGGAUCUACCCCCGACCCGUCCUCGCACGACCCCAUGCGGCGGAAACCCUCAGUCGGCUCCGACCCCCGCGACCGAGUCAUCGUGCAGGGCCGGUCCACCUCCUACCCUGAUUGGGAAGCAACCGCUCUCGAGGCCAGCGUGCCGGCAGAGCCCAUCAAUUCCCGCGCCAACACGCUCGCCAUCUCCGAGGGCGAGGGCGUGCUCGGCCGGGAGGCGACGUGGGACGACUUCCCCAACGGGAGCCUGCACGUCACGGUGGCACAGGCGCGGCAGCUCUGGGGCGCGCCCGUCUCGCCGCCGGACAUCAGCGCCAUCUUCAUCCGCCACCUGCGCGGCGAGCUGCAGACCAUCCCCUGGAGCGAGGAGAGCUUCAGCGCCGAGACGGACAAGAUCCGCGACCAGCUGGUCGCGCUCAACUCCAAGGGCUGGUGGACGCUGGCGUCGCAGCCCGCAGUCAACGGCCUGCGCUCGAGCGACCCCACCUUCGGCUGGGGCCCGCAGAACGGCUUCGUCUUUCAGAAGGCCUUUGUCGAGUUCUUUUUGCCGUUGGCCGACUGGGCGGCGCUCGAGAAGCGGCUCAACCGGCCCGAGAUGGAAGGACGUCGUGAGCGCGAGGCCAGCACUAACGCCGUCUCCUGGGGCGUGUUCCCCGGCAAGGAGAUCGUCCCCCCGACCAUCAUCGAGGAGGUCAGCUUCCGAGCGUGGAGCGAAGAGGCCUUUGGCAUCUGGGGGGAGUGGGUCAAGAUCUACGAGAAGGGGUCGGAGAGCGAGCGGUUCUUGGAGCGCGUGCUCGCGGAUACCUGGCUCGUAAAUAUCAUUCAUCAUGAUUUCCUGGAGACUGAUGCGCUGUGA